AUUAUCGACCACCAAAACCACUGCCACAAUGACGAUCACCACCGCUGAGCAUGAGAGGAGCACCAGCGCUGGACAGAUCACGGCCAUCGAUACACGCAAUGUAGCCGUGAUGAAGGAGCUCGGCUAUCUCGGCAAAGUGCCCGCCCUCUCCCUCUUGGCAGACCCACGGUUCAGCUACUACCUUUACGUGCCCAAGCGCUAUGCCGAAUUCACGAGUUGCCCCCUCAUUGUGCUGGUCCACGGGAGCGGCAGAAACGCCUACGAACUGCGCGACUGGUAUCGCGACUUUGCCGAAGAGCACGGCGUAUUCCUGCUCUGUCCCCUCUUUCCCAUCGGGUUUCUCGAUGCAGACGACGCGGACAACUACAAGAACAUCGCCUAUCGAGGCAUCCGAUAUGACGAGAUUCUACUCCAGAUGUGCCGCGAGGUCCAGAGUCGCUAUCCUCGGGUCGAUGUCGCACAGUUCUGCAUGUACGCCUUUAGCGGCGGCGCGCAAUUCGCCCACCGUUUUGCCUACCUCCAUCCCAAGCGCCUCUCCACCCUACUGUGUGGUGCACCUGGCACACAGACCAUGUGGGACGAAUCUCAAGCGUAUCCGCAAGGCACCCACGAUCUCGUCACCGUGUUUGGGCGCUCCGAGAUCGACUGGGACGCCCUCCGAAGGGUGCCGACCGUGUUCCUCUGCGGAUCCGAGGACAUCGACGAUUCGUGGUGCAAGCUCCGUGGUCGACCACCGCUGGGCCCAAACGGACGGCUGGGGGCGUGCAAAAGGCUGGCCCGUUCCUGGGAGCUCCAUGGCGCCAAGACGGAGUUUAUCGCGAUUCCCGGGGCCAAGCACGAGGAGCAUAAGCUCAUACCCACUGUGACGACCCUCUUUCAACGGUGGCGGCGAUCACUGGAGACACAGGGGCCACACGAGGCGCAACCGGGCGAGGCGAUGCCGCAUUCGGCGAUCUAUACCAUUCCUAGCCUCCCGCAAGAACCGCGACUGUAAAUCUCUUCGUAGCAAAGGUGCAAUAGGCCGGCGGAGCCUCGACUUUUGUCUAUUGUUGUGAGGAUACGCUCUGCUUGCAUUUACCGUAGCGAACAUUGCGCGCCUCGAAUCACCUCUUACUUGCAACUGUACUGUACAGUGUGGGAGGAUGAAAAGUCGUGCGUGCGCGGACGCGUUGUCGUUGUCAUCGUCGUUGUCGUCGUUGUCGUUGUCGUCGUUGUCGUUGUCGUCGUUGUCGUUGUCGUCGUUGUCGUUGUCGUUGUUGUUGUUGUCGUCGUUGUCACGCUCUUUGUUCUUGAUGCAACUCUGCCAUCUUUAUUCC